AUGGAUAAUACUACCUGCGUUAUCUGUUCACCUCAUUGUAAUAAUUGCGAAUCAGGAACUCAAUGUAACUCAUGUGAUUCUGGCUAUCAGAUAGUCAAUGGAUAAUGUGAAGCAUGCACAAGUACUUAAUACUACUCUUCUGGCCAUUGUUAUGAUUGCUCUACUACUUGUAAAUCAUGUUUGAACAGUGAUUCAAAUUGUACAACAUGCAAUUCAGGAAGAUACCUUGAAGGCAAUCAAUGUUUACCUUGUGCAAGUCAAUGUGUGGAGUGUGAAAGCUCUAGUUAAUGUACUAUAUGUAAUCCUGGAUAUUGGCUUAAUAAUUCCACUUGUACUAAAUGCAAUGAUAAAUGCACCACUUGCACAUCUGAAACUACAUGCUCAUCUUGCACUGAUGGCUACUACAUUGAAGGAACUUCAUGCUAAACUUGUCCAACUGGAUGUACUAAGUGCAACAGUGCUUCUGAAUGUACUUCUUGCCAAUCAAAUUAUUAUUUGGAUGGUACUUGUAAAUAAUGUUCUCCUGGAUCAUUCAUAUCAGGAAAUGGUUGCUCUGCUUGCAACAGCCUUUGUGCCACCUGUGAAACUUCAGCCACCCAUUGUUUAUCCUGCUUAUCCAAAUACUUCUUGAAUAAUAAUUCCUGCUCAUAAUGCAUAAACCACUGUGACACUUGCGAAUCCGAAAAUGUUUGCUCAACCUGUCUUGUUGGAUAUUAUUACAUCGAUUCAAGUAAGACUUGUGAAGCUUGUCAAUCUCCCUGCACACAAAUGCUCGGUAUCUGGAAAUACAAAUUGUUAAAAGUGUGUUAAUGGUUACUACUUGGAAUCAAACAGUUGUCAUGCUUGUAACUCACCGUGCCUAAACUGUUUAAAUGCUUCAACAUGCGAAACUUGUGUCGAUGGACAUUACUUUGA